AUGACUGAAGUCGGUUUCUUUCCUCCUCCCCAUUAUGCGCUAGGCAAGAUUAUCACCUUCGAGCAGCCUGAGCACACCGCGUGGAUCAUCACCACCAAGCUCUCCCAGCAAAACUCUCAGCUGGAGGAGUUCGACGUUGAACCAGGGUUACCUUCGUGGGCCUUUGCGACCUUCCUUGUCCGCAACCCUGCAACUGGCCAAGAGGCCUACAUGCGUGUCUACCAGCAAGUUCCGCACCUGGGAACAGAGUUCUUCCCGGUUGACGAGCGAGCCAAGCAGGCCACUCCUAGCUACCACCGUGAGGUCCACGCCCUCAAGGCCCUCCACGAGCAAAAAUCGACCAUCACGCCUGCCCUCCUUGCCAUCAAAGAAGACGUCCAGGAUGGUCAAGGGUUUGUUCCUGGUGGUUACAUUAUCCACACUGUAUUCCAGCGCGUCCCUGGAGUUCGACUGGCUGAUGACAGGAUCUUGCCUCGGUAUCGAGCUUCACCUCAUACGUUCUUUGCAAAGUUCAGCGAUCUUGAGCGAGAGCAGAUUCGAAUGUGCUUUGACAAGGAGUAUCGCAUGCUAGCGAAAAUGGGGUGGGUGCCCACAUUUCCUUGGGCAAGUAACUUGUUCUGGGACGCUUCUUUCCAGAAAUUGUACUUUGUUGACUUCAGGGACCCUACCAAGAUUGGGUCCCCCGACGAGGACGUCGUCGGGGGUGGUGAUGAGGAGGAGAAUGAGAAUAUGGAAGAGGAGCCUAUGCUCGAUAUUUGGGAACGGUGGGGCCUCGCCAUUUCCCCUGAUGGUGAUAAGGACCGAGCAGAUCUGUCCAGAUGGGAGCUCUAG